AUGAAACAGCCGUUAGAAGAUCUUACUCGUAAGGAUCGCCCUUGGUCUUGGAAUCGGACACACGAUCAAGCAAUGGACCAAAUCAAGGAGGUCAUGCUCAGUCUUCUUCUCCUGGAACACUAUGAUCCCUCGAAGACUCUCAUCGUAGCAGCAGACGCCUGCGCUAUUGGAAUCGGUGGUGUUCUCUUACAACGAGAUUCACACGGUCAUGAGCGUGCUGCCUAUCACAUGGCACACAGCCUUACAGACGCCCAGCGAAAUUACUCUCAACUUAAGAAGGAAGCGCUCGCGCUCGUCACGGCCGUCGAAAAAUUUCAUAAGUUCGUCUGGGGACGGAAAUUUAUACUUCAGACGGAUCACAAACCUUUGGUAGCUCUACUGAAGACAGAAAACACAAAGGGUCUCAAGUCUACCACAGCAGCUCGACUAAAGCGCUGGGCGCUACGACUGUUAGGCUACGACUUUGCUAUCGAGUAUAUUCGCACCCAGGAUUUUGGUCCGGCAGACGCAUUGUCACGUCUCAUCGACAAAUUCCGCCGCGACAACGCAGAUGAACUUCAGGUCGCCAGAAUCCAAGCGACUGAAGCUGAAAUUCUUUACGCCAUCAGGGAAGGUUGGAAGGCGAAAGGAAACGCUGAGCCCUUAGAACAUUUUAGACAACGCGCAGAGGAACUCAGCAUCAUCGAUGAUACACUACUCUUCGGAGAUCGAGUAGUCAUACCAGAGAAGCUCAAGCCGACGAUCCUAGCAGCUCUUCACAAAGGUCAUCCCGGCAUCAGACGCACUAAACAGUUAGCGCGCGAAUUUGUGUACUGGCCGAAAAUGUCAGAGGACAUCGAACGUCUUGUUCGACAGUGCGACUCUUGCGCACUUAAUCAAAAAUUGCCAGUGAAGGUACCAAUGGACCCAUGGCCUACUCCAUCGCAUCCUAUGGAACGUGUACACCUGGAUUACGCUGGCCCGGUCGACGGACAUUACCUGCUCAUAUUCGUGGACGCUUACUUCAAAUACGGCCCUCCGGAAGUGCUCGUCAUGGACCAUGGCACUCAGUUCACGUCGGAGCUGUUUCCUACCUUCUGCAAGGAAAUGCAGAUCUCUCAUCUCCUAUCAGCGGUCAAUCAUCCGCAAUCGAACAGCCAAGUGGAGAGGAUGGUGGACUCCGUAAAACGAGCUAUAUCUAAGGACUUGACCAACUGGAGGAGACAGCUACUUGAUUUCCUUUACAGUUACCGCUACACACCGUGCUCCGCAUCUCCUGAGAGCAAGUCUCCUGCGGAACUAUUUUUCGGUCGUCCCAUGAAUUCUCCUUUCACCAAGUGGCUUCCGAAAUCGGAUAAUCUGGAGCACGUAGCGACAGAUUUGCUUGCCAGGAAGCGGCAGGACAUUGAAACACAAUUUUCGAAACACCAUGGCGCCAAACCACGACAACUAUCAGUAGGAGUGGUGGUUCUAACGCGCAAGAACAAACGCCAACAAGGUGUCAUUCACAAAGUUUUAUCCAAAACUCGUUAUUCCGUAUGCCUCGACGACGGUGGGGUCAUCGACCGGCAUAUCAACCACAUUUGGAAGGGAGGCUUCGCUCCACCGACUUCAAUUACAAGUCUUGAUGACGACUGGAUGUUUUUACCUACACAGGCAUCGCAGACCCCGCGACAAGAGUCUCCACCUGUUCCAGAGAACAUCUGUCAGCCAGCAACAUUACCCGCAGUUCAGUCUCCAGCUACUCUAAUCCAAGAGCCGCCCAUAGUUCAGACAACUCCGGUUAGUCCCGUCUGUACUCGAGUGGCUCCGAAAAGACUGAUCCUGGAUCCGGCCGCCAAAAGCUACUCGCAGCGGUGA